AUGUUUCUGGUUUUGCCUCCGAAUCUAAAGGUGAGCGGGGAACUGUGCCUAGCACGACAAUUCAGCAUCAAUGAUGAAUCCGAAUCUUCUUGCGGUUGGCGUGACGUGGUUGCUGUGGAAAGGAUCCUUUUCAUACGGAUAAACGCUUCGUUUCCUUGGGAAGAAGAAGAAGAAGAAGGAGGAGGAGGAGCUGAGUAUCACUGUGAUAAGAACAAGGCCCCGUGUUCCGACAGGCGAUGUAGGGAUGAUUAAAAUUGAUUGAAAUAUCUCUCGCUUAUGCAUUAAUCGCUUGAAUGGGAAAAAAGUUGCCGAUUAUAUUUGAUUUUGCCCCUUGCA